AUCCUCUUUGGCUCAGACAACGAAAAAUCAGAGAGAGAGAGAGAGAGAUUUCGGAGGGAGAUGAAGAAGUCGGAAGGAGCCGAGAAGAAGAAAGUGAGAAGAUCGGUACAGAAUGGCGUCAGAGAUCCCGUCUCCGACAAACCUCCUAGGAAACAAGUUCCGAAGAAAGAUGUUUUCCAGUUGUUUGCUGAAAGAGUAAGGGACCACAAGGAUCUGGAAUCGAGAUGGGCCGUGUUACAGGAAACACGAGUCGAGUAUUUCAGAGGAAAGGAUUUUGUAAGCUUCUUGAAGAAACAUCCUGAGCCGAAAGAUAUCUUAGAAUCAGAGAGAAAUCUAGAUGCAGAAAAUAUAGCCAAUGCGUUGUUGCGGAAGAAUCUUCUGGUUAGGUGUGACCGUGUUGUGAAAACAGUUCGUCCUGGAAAGAAAAAACUAUCUACUUGGCCUGCUCAUUUGGAGAUCUUCCCUGAUCAAGUGUUCUCUGAAAGUGAUGCGUUUUUUGCGUGGACAUUUGUUAAAAGACACCCUCUAUGGCAAACACUUCUCUCCUUUUUCUGGCCCGUACUAACUUUGGCAAUUUGCUUGUUUCCUAUAUAUCCACAUCGGUUGAAACUAUUGAUCCUAUAUUCAUGUGCUGGCAUCCUUCUGCUCAUCCUAACAUUGCUGUUGUUGAGAGCAAUGGCUUUUGGUGCCAUAUGGAUCCUUCUUGGAAAGAGGGUAUGGUUCUUCCCCAACAUUCUGGCAGAAGAAGCAACACUUCAGGAGCUUUUCCGGUUCUGGCCAAAGAAAGACGAAGAAGAACCUCCCAAAUGGACAUCACGACUUUUCUACGCCGUCGUAGCUGUAGUUGUCAUUUUGCUACUCAGGCACCAUGCUCCGGAUGAGGCUGCCAGAGCGAGAUAUCACAAGCGAAUGACAAACAUCAUUGAUGAUGUACUGGAGUGGUCUCCAAAGCUAGCUCUCUCCGGGAUGAUGGAGAAGCAGCCAGAGGAGCCCCCUGUCGUAACUAAUGCAACCGAACCAACCGAAUCUUCAGACAGAAACCAGUCAAGCUCGGAACAUGAGGACGACACUAUGAAUCAAGAAGAUAGCAGCAGUUGUUGAACAGGAUCUGUCUGUUUCAGAUGUCCAGAUUAUAGUAGAAAAUUAAGUUUGGAUUCAUGCGAUUCAGCUGCUGUUGAGGAAACGAUUCUGGCACAGCAGAACAAAAAUCAAAUGUAAUAAAUAAUACAUCUCCUCAAUAACACGUUACAGCUCGAAUAUAGAUUGAAAACCUAUGUUUUCAAGAA